AUGUUGUGGCAGAGCUUCGACUACCCAACAGAUGUUUUGCUUCCCGGCGCCAAGUUUGGUCGGAACAAGGUCACCGGCUUGAGUCGUUCAAUCAUUUCAAAGAAGAGCCUCACUGAUCCAUGUCUUGGCUCAUAUAGUGUUGAACUAGAAGGCACCAGCGGGAUCGUCCUCAAGCGCCGCAACGACCCUUCCGUAGUGUAUUGGCAAUAUGCAUCAUCUAAACAAUCAUCAUUGAUACUCAAGUCACUGGUAUAUUUGGAUCCUCUGGCCAAACGAUUGAUUAACCCAACAUAUGUUAAUAAUAACCAAGAGGAGUACUACAUGUACACUUGUUUGGAUGAUUCAUCUUCCAUAUUUGCGUCACUAGAUAUCUCUGGUCGGAUAAAACUAAACUUUUGGUCGCAAACCAAACAGUCUUGGGAAACCAUACAUGCCCAACCUUACGAUCCAUGCACUACUCCUGCUCCAUGCGGACCUUUCACAGUCUGCAACAACAAUGCAUAUCGAUUAUGUGAUUGUAUGGAGGGAUUCUCUAAGAAGUCACCGGUGGAUUGGGAGUCUAAUGAUCGGACAGGAGGAUGCAUCCGAAAUACACCACUACAUUGCAGCACUAGUGACAAAAACAUGACAAGUUCAACAGAUGUGUUUCACCGCAUUGCUCGAGUGAAGUUGCCUUACAAGCCCCAAAUAAUAGUCGUUGUUAGCAGUCAAAGAAACUGCGAAGAAGCUUGCCGCAGUUCCUGCUUAUGCACUGCUUAUUCCUUUACCAAUCAACUAUGCUCUAUCUGGAAUGGAGAAUUGCUUAGUGUAAAUCUAAAUUAUGGCACUGAUAAUAGAGCUGAAGAUGUUCUUUACGUUCGCCUUGCCACAAAAUAUUUUCUACCAAGUUUGAGAAAAAACAAAAGAAAACCAAAUGUUGGAGUUAUUUCUGCUGCAAGCAUUAUUGGUUUUGGAUUAAUAAUGCUCAUAGUGUUGUUACUGAUUUGGAGGAACAGAUUCAAGCGGUUUGGUUUGCCUUUAUAUGAUAAUCAAGGCAGUUGUGGAGGGAUUAUGGUCUUUAGAUACACUGAUUUAGUGCAUGCUACUAGAAACUUCUCAGAAAAGCUAGGAGGGGGUGGUUUUGGUUCUGUAUACAAGGGAAUACUAAGUGAUGACAUGACUAGUAUAGCAGUGAAAAGGCUUGAUAGUGCCUAUCAAGGAGAGAAGCAAUUCAGGGCAGAGGUGAGCUCAGUUGGGUUGAUCCAACAUAUCAACAUAGUGAAAUUGAUUGGUUUCUGCAGCGAAGGUGAUAAAAGGCUACUUGUGUAUGAACACAUGUUAAAUGGAUCUCUUGAUGGCCAUCUAUUUAAGAAGGACAAUGGUAAUGUUGGUGUCCUAAGUUGGAACACCAGAUAUCAAAUAACCCGUGGGGUUGCGAGAGGAUUGUCCUACUUGCAUCAUAAUUGUCAUGAAUGCAUCAUACAUUGUGAUAUUAAGCCAGAGAAUAUACUUGUAGAUGCAACAUUUGUUCCCAAAGUUGCAGAUUUUGGGUUGGCAACAUUAGUGGGAAGGGAUUUUAGUCGAAUCCUGACCACAUUAAGAGGAACUGCAGGCUAUAUUGCCCCAGAGUGGCUUAGCGGAGUUGCUAUUACACCAAAAAUUGAUGUUUAUAGCUUUGGCGUGGUACUUUUGGAAAUCUUAUCUGGAAGUAGGAAUUCACAAGAAACAUACAAUACUAGUGAGAGCUACUAUGUCAAAUAUUUUCCAAUUCAAGCCAUCAACAAGCUUCAGGGUGGUGACGUUGGAAGUUUGGUGGACCCAAAAUUACAUGGUGACUUCAACUUGGAAGAGGCUGAACGGAUUUGCAAAGUUGCAUUUUUGGUGCAUCCAAGAUAA